GGUCAGUAUGAAAUUUUCUGCCGAUCCAAAACGACCACAACCAACCUUCCGGAAGCAAAGAUGAAGGAACUUGGUGCGUUUGUCGUUUGCACACUACUAGUGGCUGGUGUGCUAGGAGCUCCUAAUCCAUGCGAAAACCUUGAGCGACUUCGAGUUUGUAACGAAACACAGUAUGAGCUUUAUCGUGACUGCGUAGAGGAAGUCAGAUUGCUACGUGCGAAAAGACAAAUACUAUGUCCACUAAUGUUCGAUACUGUUCAGGAAGAUGUAGUGGCACCAUCGGUUCAGAUAAUCCCCGCAUUACAAAGUGUGGUGACCGUUAAUCCAAUAGCAUAUAAUCACAUUCCUGACCUCAAACCAAUGCUUAAAUCUCUAGACCGAAAAGUGCUAGUCCAAACCGAUGACGAAGACUAUGAGUACAGAGUGCCUACCAAUGUGACCACCAUAAUUCGUCUUACCAAUGUAGUGAACAACACCAAUAUCGUAAAUGUGCCAACGAACGUCAAUGCUACCAAUGUGAACAACAUCCACAUCUAUGCUAACAAUACCGAUGGUGGUGAUGAAGUGAACCAAGUGGACGAGCAAAGAUGCUGUACAGCUGUUCAACCAAAAUCCUGCCAUUCAUCCACGCAAGGAUUCAAGUGUAAACACAACAAGUUCAGAACAUGUGGUCCUCAGUGCACUGCGGAUAUUGUACAUGUUCAGCGACGAAAACGUUGCAACAGUCAUGGUAACUGUAAGCAGAAGCUAGCGUACGUCCCUCAGCCACAGAAACCCAAGUGUGUGUACAUCGAACAGUGGCCAUUCGUGGCUUGCGGGAAGCCGGCUAAUAUGCAAGUUGUCUGCGACGGAUGCUACGACCACUAUGGUUAUGGUUUCCAAGCAUUCAACGGACAACUAGCGAUCCAAUGCAUAGGAUGUUACGACGACGCCUUUGACCAAGGUCCGCUGUACCGACGAGGACCGGUUUUAAGGCCAUUCUAUUACCAUGAACCACCGUGCAAUAUAACCGGACAAUGCCCCAUGUCCUACGACGACUGUGGUUAUGGAUGCUACGGACAUGAUAUGAUUGAUCCUGCCUGGGGAACUUCAUCUCUGUAUGAUCCUAAAAUGAAUGAAGCCAACACAGUCUAUCUGGACCAGCAACUGAAUAUGGUUAACGAUACCGAAAACGACUGGGGUAGUCCAGUGCACAAAUGUACGGUUAUUUCCGACGACAAUACGAUUUCGGUGCAGAACUGUACCGAUAUGGUAGACAACCAGUACGCAGCAGCUCCGUCCAACUAUCCAUACUACAGGCCACUACAGGAUCAGCAGAAACCGGAAUACAACGUGAAACAGACCACAUUGCGGCAAAAGAUUAUAGAAGAAAAAGAAGAAGAAGAAGUAGAAGAAGAAGAAGGAGAAGAAGAAGGAGGAGAAGAAGAAGAAGUUGAAGACAGUGAUCCCUCGUCCGGGGACGGAGUGCGUAUUCAGGACUCUGCUUUGCCGUUCGUAGUAGAAGAUGAUGACUACUAUUAUUAUAGUCAGUAG